AUGUCGCUGGGCUUCAUUGUGGGCCCGGCAGCGGGCGGCCUCCUCUCGGCGCGUGUGGGCCAGAUGGCGCCUGCGCUGGUGGCCGCUUUGCUCUACCUCGUCGACUUCGUCAUCGUCUUCUUCUUCGUCGACGAGCAGCGACAGCAGCACCACCCGCCAGCGCCGACUCCUCCAUCACUACCAACACGCGACGAAAAGAGCGAGCGCGUCAAGGAGAGCAACAACGACCGCACAAGCGACGAUGAAGGCGGUCAAGAAGACACGAUCGUGAAGGAGGACACCAAGGCCACCACCGGCGUGGUGCGCCAGCUGAAGCUCGUCUGGGAAGUGUUCGCCAGACCCAAGGUGGGCCGUCUGCUGCUGAUCAAGUUCAUGAUCCACCUGGCCAUGGCCAUGGGCCGAGCCAACUUCGGACUCUUUAUGCUCGAGCGAUUCGGCCUAGGUCCUGAGAUCGGGCUGGCCAUGGGCGUGGCCGGCAGCGUCAACAGCAUCGGCGACAUCGUGGCGCCCCUGCUCGCCGGCGUGCUGUUCAACUUCGUGGGCCUCGGCGGACCCCGGGUCAUCUCGUCCCUGCUCAUCUUCAUCGCCUUCUCCCUCUUCGUCACUCUUGAAAUCCUCAACGUUGCCAUCUUCGCCAACGAUAGAUGA